AUGCAGAUCUUCACCCGCUCCCCCAUCUUCUCCCUCUUCCUCUUCCUCCUCCUCCUCGCCGGAGUGCCGAGCCCACCGCCGGCGGCGGCGUCGUUGGGUUCCUCCUCCGCCAACGACAGCGCCCACAAGCUGCUGCAGAAGUUCGGGUUCCCCCGGGGACUCCUCCCGGGCAACGUGGUGAACUACACAGUCGCCAAGGAUGGGGAGUUCUCGGUGGAGCUGGCGGCGCCCUGCUACAUCCAGUUCUCGGAGCUGGCCUACUACCACCGGGUCAUAAGGGGGAGGAUCUCCCGCCGCCUCAUCUCCGGCGUCUCCGGCAUCCAGGCCAAGAAGUUCCUCUUCUGGGUCGCCAUCUCCAGCAUCGCCGCCGACGAGGAGCACUCCGCCAUCCAGUUAAGUAACGGGGCCAUUACGGUGACCGUCCCCGCCGCAGACUUCGCCGACGUCCGCCACUGCAGGAAGCGGGCCUCAUCCUACGGUGCCACCGUGUGA